UAUACACACUACUAUCGCAUCUAUACCAAUCACUGCGAUUGGAAGAAGAUCUGGCCUCGACUCAUCAAAGACACCAAAAGAAUCAUCCGCGCUUCCCACGUGAAGGUGACUAACUCCAGAGGAUACGACUUAAAACCCGAUGACAAGGUCCCAUCCCCCACAGUCAGCAAGAAGGACGGAAUCGGCAUUAACGGGAUUGGUCGUAAUGCACACGAACCAUUCACCAUCAGCUGCAAAGGUCGUAUGUCUAUGGGGUUCACGAAGACUGCGCGCAAGCCGUACGAUGAUGUGGUUAUGUGUGUGUUGUUGAGGGCGUAUAUGCUCGCGCCAAGUGUUGUUCAGGUUUCGUAA